GAUGUGCGGAAGGGAAAAGCUGGUAGGAUUGGACUUCCUGAUGUUCUCAGAAGCCCUCUUUUCUUUGCCUCUUCCCCUCUGCUUGGGAUUGUUCCUUUUAGAAGGCUGUGUGAAUUAGUCUGAGGCUACCCCCUGGAUAGCUCUAAUCUCCCCUGAUCCCUUUAUCUCACCAUGAACCUCCUACUGCUACUGCUGUUGCUGUUGCUCCAAUUCUGGAAGGGGUCUUUUUCUCAACAGAAUCAAGACUUUAAGGUUGACAUCCAGAAGAAUAUUACUGUGCAGGAGGGACUAUGUGUCUCCAUCCCCUGCUCUUUCUACUCUACCUCAAAAUACAAGAAUAACAACAUAAACCAUGAAUGCUUCUACCAGGGAGAAUCCUUAGACAAACUGGUAGCCACCAAUGAUCCCCAAAGGACUACCCAACCUGGGGCCAAGGACCAGUUCUACUUUAUUGGGAACUCCCAAAUGAGCAACUGCUUCCUGAGAAUUACCGGGGCCAAGAAAUGUGAUCAGGGAAAUUAUGAGUUCCAUAUAGAAAAGAGAAACCUGAAUUAUAGUUACAGCAAUUACCGAAUAUUCAUCAAAGUAGAGGAUAUGACCCAGAAGCCAGAGAUCCACAUGCCAGAGAUCUUGGAACCGAGUCACCAGGUGACCUUGGAUGGGACUGCCCUCCCUUCCAAGGGACUGGCAUCAGCAAACACCAAUUCCUCCAAACUCCCACUCACCCCCCAGCCACAGGACAAUGGCAUUAGCUUCACCUGUUGGGUGAUAUUCCCAAAAGCCACAGUAAGCAGAGAGGGAACUGUCCUGCUCAUGGUUGCCGAUAAAAGCCAAUGGAGUUCCAGUCUCUUUUUGGAAACGAGGUUUCAAGGAGCCGUGGUUGUAUCCAUCGUGGCUGUUAUGCUCCUCAUUUGCCUGGUGGUUUGCCUAAUGGAACUGCUGAGAAGGAAACAGUCAGAGGGGAACGUGGGGACUUCAGAGUUUGGAAGCAGCAUCGACCUGGUCUCCAGUGAAAUCCCAUUGGAUCAACAAGGGAAUUCUAAGCAACACAGCAGCUCAGAACUCCCUCCACAAAUUCUGCUGAACUCCUUCUCACAGAAAGGGGAGGACCAAGUACAAUAUACCUCUAUCUCCUUCCAAGUCCAAAAGUCACAAGAGAUCUGCAAACCAGAAGACAUCAACAAUGAGUACUCAGAGAUCAAGUUUCAUUAAGGAGACUGGAAGAAGGGGUGAAGGGGAUGAUGAAAAGUGGGAAUAAAGAUAAUCUGUAACUAUGAUCUGGAAAAGAA